UGAAGCGCGGCAAGGUGGCCGGGGCUAGCCGGAAGGGAGAUGCCGAGGGAGGUCGUCUCGUCACUGUGCGGGAGACGAGCACGCCGCCGUCCUCUCCUCCGCACCAUGUUGCUCUCCUCCGCCCGCACAGCGACCGCCUCCGCAGGGCUCGGUCGCCGCGCCGCCUCGUCCCUCGCGCUCAAGUACUCCAACGCCAUCUUCAACGCCGCCCUCCACAAGUCGCCGCAGACGCUGAACAAGGUCCAGUCCGAGCUCACCGCGCUCUCGUCCGCGAUCAAGGAUGACCACUCCGCGGGGCUCGUCGCGCUCUACGCCGCCGCAGAGGGCCCCAAGAAGGAGCCCGUAACGGACAUCACGAAAAACCUCUUCGUGGUCCUCUCCGAGAACGGCCGCCUCGCCGAGGCGCAGGGCGUCAUCGAGGGCUUCCACGAGCUUGUCUCCAAGCACAGGGGCGAGCUCACCGUCACCAUCACCUCCGCGGCGCCGCUCCCGAGCGACAUCCAGAGGAAGCUCGAGGCCAGCCUGAAGCAGUCGCAGGCGGCGCAGCAGGCCAAGUCCGUGAAGGUUGCGAACAAGAUCAACCCGGCAGUGCUGGGUGGCAUCGUUGUUGACUUUGGCGACAAGACGAUCGACCUCAGCGUCCAAUCCCGGGUAACACGGCUGAACGGCCUCAUGCAGCUGUCGGUUUGAGCGGAGGUAGAACGGUCGAGUUAGAGAGCGGUUGUUGUACGCGCAUCCAACUAAUGCAUUGCCCUGAACAAUACGGUCAUCCAACAUCUGCUGCCCAUUGUGAUUGAGAAUAUGUCAGCUACCAGCAAGUCUUCGCUUGGAUGUCGAUCCGUGUCCCCAACUCCCGAUGUGUGUCAAGUUUCAACGGCCUGCAGGGCCGUCCAUCAUAGGCGCCUACGUCCUUUUGCUAGCCUCAGCUAACAUACCAUGUUGUAAGACGAGGCUGAUGGCCACCAAACGGCCCAUUGAUCUGAGGUUUACGAG